AGCACACGUUUUAAUUACCGUUACAGCCAUUGGUUCACAUCGCAUCGAAAUUGAGAGCUUUUUCGCGGUGUACCUGAACACACCAUACGUGUGUUCUCACUGUGAAUAUUUGCUACGCACAUUGACAUCGGUAGGACAUAAAAUAUCACAGCAAGAUGGCUGAGCACGACGUUGAUAAUGAACUUCUGGACUAUGAGGAAGAUGAGGAGCCCCAGGGAGCCCCCGAGAGUGGGACCCCAGCAAACAAGAAGGAGGUGAAGGGAUCCUACGUAUCCAUCCACAGCUCGGGCUUCAGAGACUUUCUCCUCAAACCAGAGCUGCUCCGUGCCAUUGUCGACUGUGGUUUUGAGCAUCCCUCAGAAGUCCAGCAUGAGUGUAUUCCCCAAGCUAUCCUGGGCAUGGACAUCCUGUGUCAGGCCAAGUCCGGUAUGGGAAAAACAGCAGUGUUUGUACUGGCCACCCUGCAGCAGAUAGAACCUGUUGAUGGUCAGGUGUCUGUCCUUGUAAUGUGCCACACGCGAGAGUUGGCCUUCCAGAUCAGCAAAGAGUACGAGCGCUUCUCCAAGUACAUGCCCACUGUCAAGGUGUCUGUGUUCUUCGGUGGCCUGGCCAUCAAGAAGGACGAGGAAGUCCUGAAGAAGAACUGCCCUCACAUUGUUGUAGGAACUCCAGGACGUACCCUGGCCCUCAUCCACAACAAGACCCUCAACUUGAAGAACAUUAAACACUUUGUGCUUGACGAGUGUGAUAAGAUGCUGGAGCAGCUGGACAUGAGGCGUGACGUCCAGGAAAUCUUCAGGCUGACACCCCAUGAGAAGCAGGUUAUGAUGUUCAGUGCAACGCUAAGCAAGGAGAUCCGCCCUGUCUGCCGCAAGUUCAUGCAGGAUCCCAUGGAAGUGUUUGUGGAUGACGAGACCAAGCUGACACUCCAUGGUUUACAGCAAUAUUACUGCAAGUUAAAGGACAGUGAGAAGAACCGAAAGCUCUUUGACCUGCUCGAUGUGCUUGAGUUCAACCAGGUGGUGAUCUUCGUUAAGUCAGUGAAUCGCUGUGUGGCUCUGUCCCAGCUGCUGGUGGAGCAGAAUUUCCCUGCCAUCGCCAUCCACAGGGGCAUGGCGCAGGAGGAGCGGUUAUCUCGGUACCAGCAGUUUAAAGACUUCCAGCGGCGGAUCUUGGUUGCAACCAACCUGUUUGGUCGAGGCAUGGACAUCGAGCGAGUCAACAUCGUCUUUAACUACGACAUGCCAGAGGAUUCUGACACAUACCUUCACAGAGUGGCCCGUGCUGGCAGGUUUGGGACCAAAGGCCUGGCCGUCACCUUUGUGUCAGACGAGACCGACGCUAAGAUCCUGAAUGACGUCCAAGACCGCUUUGAGGUCAAUGUGGCAGAGCUCCCAGAGGAGAUUGAUAUCUCCUCUUACAUUGAACAGGCCAGAUGAGUCUGAAGUGUCUUUCCAGUGAAGACUGUGUGUGACCCUUGGUGUUGCUGUAUUUAGGUGGAGGGGAAAAAAACCCUCAUUUAUUUUAAAGUUCCCCUCCCACCAUAAAUGUUGGCAAGUUCAUAAUGAUAAAACAUUUUAAUUUUAUUCUAUCAGGUCUUUGCGGGGUGCUUGUUUUAGUGUUUUCCUUGUUAAAACCAUGGAUAUUGUUUUGGUUGAAGAAAUAAAGUUUUAUACCUUA